GCAGCGCUGCCGCUCGCCGAGCGGGUGCCCGCGGGUGCCGAGUGCCGCCCGAGCAGCGCUGCGCCCGCGGGCGAUGGGGCAGCGCCCGGCACCGCAGAGCCCCGUGCCCCGAGCCCGGCCUGCCUGACUCUGGGUCACUCGUGCUCGUCUCGUGUCCCUCAGCUCCUCGCCCCCGGGCCGUGGCCUCCAGCCGCGGGGUCAGACCUCUGGCCGCCCCACCCUGGCCGGGGCUCCUGCGUGAGCCGCGAGCGGUGCUCCGCUGGAGCCUGGGCAUCUGCAGCGGGUGAUGCAGUGGGAGCCGUGUGGUGCCUGGCCGGGGAUGCUGUGGGAAUGCUUGGCUCUCUGAGCACAAAGUGACUGCAACUAGCACGAGCCUGGGACUACUUCUCAGAAGAUGCCCUGCGUGUCUCCAGUCAUUCCUCUCCGGCCUCACCGCAGAAUAUUUGGAGUUGCUAGCUUUCUUCUGCCGAGGGGGGACAAAGGCAGAGGCCUCCAGAGGGUUAAGAGCAUCUGCUUUUACGCCAAGUGUUUGAGCAGGAAAUAAUCUGCAGAGAUACAUGUGCAGCAAUUCAACUGCUGCUGCUCUCUCAGGCUGCUGCUGCAGUUCGGUGUGUGAGAGGAGCCGUGCUGCUCACAGAAGAUGCUUUCUUGGUGUGCCCGAAUCUCCAGGCAUGGCAGCAGAGCCCCGGCUGUCUGAGCUGGGGUAAAUGUCUCCAUCCAAGAGGAAUUAUGUUGACUUGCUGUCUCUGUCGGCUCACGGAGGGAAAGGCCAAGAAGGAAAACGAGGGAGCUGACAGGUCUGAGUUCUCAGCAGCUUGUGAGCUGUCCCCAUCUGAGGAGCAGCUUUGUCACAGCCCAGGGGUGCUGCAACAUCAUGUGGCAUGCUCUACUGGCUUUUUUCCACUGGUGACUGCUGAAGAGGUUUCCCUGGCGUGUUCAGCCCAGUGUCAUCCCCAGGCUCAGAGUGCUUUGAGAAGAGCCCACUGAAUUCCUGCUAGGAGGGCCACAGGCAGAGCAAACCUGCCCAGCUCAUCACCAAACCUCCUUUGGAGCAGCUGCCAGAGGGGCCGAAUUCCCUGUUUCCUGCUGUGCUGCCCAGAUCCUGUUCCAUGUGGGCCAAGGCUGGAGUACACCCGCGUCCCCGUGGUUUUGCGUGAGAUCCUCACCCUGUGCAUCCACGGCCUCUCCCUUCUCCUGUCCCAGCUAGCAGCGUGCCAUCACCACCCACCAGAUGUGCAAGUGGCUGCAAAGAGCUCCCCUCCCUGAGCACAGGUGCUCUCUUUCAAGAAAAAAAAUGGUGAACUUGGAAACCAGCUGGAGAUUGCAAAGUCUCCUUUCCCUUGAGGUUGGUGGUCAGUGGUCAUCCUCUACCACACCCAAGGAAACUAGAAGAGCUCCACACUAACUUCUGUAAGGUCUCCUUCACUAUGGAAGAUCAAAUUAUUUUCUGGCUCAGGUUUUGUGAUGUUCGGCAUCUGCCUUGGACCUGGAAUUUGGAAAAGGGAUCGUCUCUGAGGCACGGUUAAGAGACAGAGAAACCAGCCCCAGACAAUGAGCACUUUAAGUAGCACUGGAAUAUUGCUCAGCUUAACAACAGUGUCUGUUACACUGGAUUUUAGUUUGCAUGGUGGUCUGAUGGCUUGGUCCUUAAGCAGCAAUUUGACUCUGAACCAGAGUUUGCCUACAUCUGAUCCUCUUAACACCUCUGAGAAGGAUGAAGUCUCUCGGAUGUCCCUGAGGGAGAAGAAUUGGCCAGCCCUUCUGAUCUUGGUUGUCAUCCUGCUGACCAUUGGGGGGAACAUAUUGGUAAUUAUGGCUGUGUCCUUGGAGAAGAAGUUGCAGAAUGCCACAAACUUCUUCCUGAUGUCGCUGGCAGUAGCAGACAUGCUGGUGGGUAUCCUGGUCAUGCCCGUGUCGCUCAUUGCAGUCCUGUAUGAUUAUGCUUGGCCUUUGCCUAAACAGUUGUGCCCUAUAUGGAUUUCCCUAGAUGUACUCUUUUCAACUGCAUCUAUUAUGCAUCUCUGUGCCAUCUCUCUUGAUCGGUACGUAGCAAUUCGCAAUCCCAUUGAGCACAGCCGCUUCAAUUCCCGCACCAAGGCCAUUAUGAAAAUUGCUGCAGUUUGGACCAUAUCCAUAGGGAUAUCUAUGCCUAUUCCGGUCAUUGGUUUGCAGGAUGACUCCCGGGUGUUUGUAAAUGGGACCUGCGUCCUUAACGAUGAGAACUUCGUCCUCAUUGGAUCCUUCAUGGCUUUCUUCAUCCCUCUCAUCAUCAUGGUGAUCACAUAUUGCCUGACUGUUCAGGUGCUGCAGAGACAGGCCACGGUGUUCAUGUGUGGAGAGGUGCCCAAGCAGAGAAGGAGCAGCGUGAACUGCCUCAAGAAGGAAAACAACACAGAGAACAUUUCAAUGCUUCACAAUCACGAGGGGGCCUCCCACUUGAACUCCCCUGUAAAUAAGGAGGCAGUGCUUUUCCGGAAAGGAACGAUGCAAUCCAUCAACAAUGAGCGAAGAGCCUCCAAGGUCCUGGGCAUUGUCUUCUUUUUGUUCCUCAUCAUGUGGUGUCCGUUUUUCAUCACUAAUGUUAUGUCUGUCCUUUGCAAAGAAGCCUGCGAUAAAGACCUGUUGAGUGAGCUCCUUGAUGUGUUUGUUUGGGUUGGGUAUGUGUGCUCAGGGGUCAAUCCCCUGGUGUACACCCUCUUCAACAAAACCUACCGCAGGGCUUUCUCCAAUUACAUCCGCUGCCAAUACAGGCCUGAUAAAAAAUCAGCACUGAGGCAGAAUCAGUGUCUGAACGUGGCUUCAACAGCUUUGUAUGGCAAAGACCUGUCUUUAACUAGUUAUCGAAAUGGCAAUGAAUUCAAUAGCAUGGAACUAGAUGAACCUGAGGAGGGCCUUGAAAUGCAACCAGGGACUUCAGAGCUCUCCAUAAACAGCUGUAAUGCUGUAAGUGAACGAGUGAGCUGUGUGUAAAAGAGACUCUCACAGACCUUUGCUACAGUGUAUCUGUUGCCAAAAUAUAUUGUGUAAAAAUGUAAGUGUCAGUCAAAGGACAAUGUAAAUAUUGCAUUCUGAACAAAGCUUUUGGGUUUUUUUAAGAGAAAAAAGAAUUGUCUUUCCAGUCCAGUACUUAAAAUAAUAUAUAUUAAUAUACUGCAGUGAAGUUUAAGGUUCUAUAUUUACUGUUAAUACUAGAUCAGAACUAUUAGUUACUUUGCAUAUGUCAUGGACAAAAUGUUUGAAUUCUUCUUCCAGUGCAUGAACAAAAAUGCUGAAUAUUUAUCUCAGGUGGAAUUUGCUGGAGUCCAGAAUGGCACGUUAAUAGUUAUAUAUCAAAUACAUGCUAUUAGACUUGGUCAGUAUAACUUUCUUUUUCAAGUUGACAGUAAAUAUAUACUUUAAAUCCUCACCCCU